ACAGCCUCCCCCAGUACCAACCCGAUUUCCAAGCGCUCCUGAUUCUGGCGUCUCGAGAGCGAUAUCACGAAUCACGCAUCGAGGAAGAUGCAUCGAAUUGUAUUAUGGAUCAAAGCAUGAAUUCCUUUGAGAGCGAGUGCGAGCAGCCAGGCCAUGCAGGUGAUAUUACCAAGAGAGAAGCUGAAAUUGGGAUUCUACCAUCCCAUGGCAUUUCCCUGGAUGUACCCGGUUUGACAGAACAAGGAAGACCUCCUAUCAUCCAGCAUGUCUCCACCCCCGCCUACCAAAGUCCUCUCAGACAUCACCGUCGCACGCCCUCACAACAUCGCACGAUUAAAGAGACGUUGAAUGCGCGGUCCGAAUAUACGAAUAGUGAAGAAGAUGGCAAGGCGGAACACCAUAUCAAUCAGUACAUAAUCAAAGAUGAAAUAGGACGGGGUUCCUUUGGUGCUGUUCACCUGGCUGUGGAUCAAUAUGGAACGGAAUACGCUGUCAAAGAGUUCUCGAAAUCGAGAUUACGAAAGCGGGCUCAGUCGAAUAUCCUUAGGAGACCACAUGCCGUGAAACGGGCCGGACACUUGGCUGCGGGAAGCGGACUGAAUUCUCCUUUGCAUCGUCACUCAGCUUCAGAUAUUCAUGAUGGCGAAGAGCAAGGGAACCCACUUUAUCUGAUCAAAGAGGAGAUUGCAAUCAUGAAGAAGCUCAAUCAUCCAAAUCUGGUAUCACUCAUUGAGGUAUUGGAUGACCCUGAAGAGGAUUCGCUGUACAUGGUACUGGAAAUGUGUAAGAAGGGCGUGGUAAUGAAGGUUGGAUUGAACGAUAAAGCAGAUCCGUACGAUGAAGAGAGAUGCAGGCAUUGGCUCAGAGAUCUCAUUCUGGGAAUUGAGUACUUACAUGCACAAGGCGUGGUUCACAGAGAUAUCAAGCCAGAUAAUCUUCUCCUCACAGAGGACGAUGUCCUCAAGAUUGUGGACUUUGGCGUGUCUGAGAUGUUCGAAAAGCAGUCAGAGAUGUUGACGGCCAAGUCGGCUGGAUCGCCUGCCUUCUUGCCACCGGAGUUAUGUAUCACCAAACAUGGAGAUAUUUCUGGCAAAGCCGCCGAUAUCUGGUCUAUGGGAGUGUCACUUUACUGCCUUAGAUUUGGCUGCAUACCAUUUGAACGAUCCGGAGUACUGGAAUUAUAUGAAGCCAUUCGAAACGAUAAACCGUUUAUUGACCCCGACCACGACCCCAAAUUCGCUGACUUGAUGAAGAGGAUAUUAGAUAAGGAUCCAAAAAAAAGAAUCAAGAUGGCCGAGUUGAGAGAACAUCCAUGGGUUACCAAAAACGGGACGGAUCCUCUAUUAUCUGCACAGGAGAAUACCGCAGACUUAGUAGAGCCACCAAGUGAACUCGAAGUCAACCAUGCUAUUACAGCGAAGAUGAGGCAUCUACUUGCUGUGAUGAAAGCCGUGCAGAAAUUUAGAGCCCUAGUAGACCAGAAAAGACCCGGCGCUCUAUCAACCGCCUUGGGUAGAGGGGUUAGGGCUCUUUACCCUCCUGAAAAUGCUGGUUGUCAUUCAAGUCCUACACUACACAAGUCAAGAAGUGUAGAUAUCGACGAUCGGAGAACUGUUGAAACAGCACUCGCCGCUGAAGGGGUACACCACGACCUUCAACCUCCAGAUGUUAAUCUACACAGAGGAAUGGGAACUAGAAUGGACUCAUCUGUUACCAUGAUCAAUGCCCCUACAGACUCUGAAGAGCACCAUCAGGGAUACGAAAUCAGUUCCGAGGAGGUUCCGGACCACCCAGAAGUCCAUCGACAAGAGUCUGGUGAGAAAGGCCAUGCUCACGAUCCUUUGGAUGAAGAACCGCUCUUCCUCGGCAUCGGGACAGGAGGCAGGGGCGCUCUUGACACACCGCCAGAAGAAGUGGUUGCCGAGUCUCCAACUGCAGCCGAGUUCAGCAUCUACGACACAGCGUACCAGCAGGAGGUAGAUCGCAUCCGUGCUGCUCAAGGAAAGACUGCAACGGUAUACUUGACCCGGAGAGUAGACUCGAAGAAGGAGUACAGAGAGGAUGAGAACAUGGUUGAUGCACCCAAUGCAGCCGAGGUGAAGCAAAGCCUACCCCACCAGGGCUUCAAGGGGCUUCUCGAUAAAGCGAGGGAGAAAGGUGCAGAGCCUGAGGUAAUUGCAAGGGAGAGGUUGGACACGACAUCUAACAGCUUUUCAGCCAUUGCUGCAAAAGCCAUGGAGAACACGAGAGCGCUGGGAAAAGAAGUCAGCGAUAGGAGUGGCGACGUUCUGGGUAGCAUGUGGCAGAAGGCGACAGAGGGGGAGAAAGAGUGAGCAGAACGUAACUUGAUGAAAUAACGAGAGCACCCGUUAAUGUAGCGUUGUGAAGUUUCUGUCUGCAUCCCGGUCUAUAGUAUCUUAGGGAACUGGAUUUCAUAGCAAGAAGGGAUAGAAAAGUUACCUCUCUAGGUAACAAAGAUGGCGUUUGGGAAUUAGGGGCGAAAAAUGGAACCUUGGAAUUGAAGAUCCUUUCGUAUUAUUUUUAUGCCUGCAUUUGGGAAUACGGAGGAAUAAUUUUUAGACACUUCCAAUAUGUCUCUCUGAUUUGUGUAGUUUACACCUUUCGUAACGAGGUAGAUAUAUAAUCCAACAGUAAAGCACUAC